AUGCCUGAAACCACCGUGAAAGCGCCCAAGAAGGGCUCAAAGAAAGCCGUGUCUAAGAGCGUCAGCAAGAGCGGCAAGAAAAAGAGGAGGACCAGGAAGGAGAGCUAUGCCAUCUACGUGUACAAGGUGCUGAAGCAGGUCCACCCCGACACCGGCAUCUCGUCCAAGGCCAUGGGCAUCAUGAACUCGUUUGUGAGCGACAUCUUUGAGCGCAUCGCCGGUGAGGCCUCCCGUCUGGCUCAUUACAACAAGCGCUCCACCAUCACUUCCAGGGAGAUUCAGACCGCCGUCCGCCUGCUGCUGCCCGGUGAGCUGGCCAAGCAUGCCGUGUCUGAGGGCACCAAGGCCGUCACCAAGUACACCAGCUCCAAGUAAACAGUC